AUGGCUCGUGCUCAUGCAAUUGUCAAAGAAGAGUUGUCGCAUGGAUUGACUAGUGGAUGGCUCGACGAAGAAAAUAUCUAUGAUGUAUUUACACCAGCUCGACAACAUGGUCAACCGCCUGAUUAUUAUAAAAAUUAUCGAGCAAAGAAUAACAAACCACUUCUUCUAGCCGAGUAUGGCGACUGGGAAUACUUCGCAUCGCAUAAAGAUAAUUUCAAUCAGGCAUAUGUCUCUUCAAAAGUGUAUGAGAACACGUCAAGACAACGAAGAUAUGGUGGAGAAAAACGAUUGCUGCAGCAGGCACACAAUUUCCAAGAGGCUCACAAUGACAAUCGUCGUGCUAGUCAAACAGCUCGGAUUGUGGGUGAUGCGAAUUGGUUAAUGUUUGAUUACAAACGAGGUUAUGCACCCGAUAUUGAAGCAUCCGGAAUUAUGGACAUUAAUCGACUGCCCAAAUUUGCUUUCUAUUUCUAUCAGAGUCAAUGCACAUCCUGUGCACCAAUGAUAUUUAUCGCUAGUUAUUGGACAAAUUCAUCCAAUACAUCUGUUACAGUUUAUUCCAAUUGUGAACAUGUUGAGCUUCAAUUGAAUGGCGAGAGAAUUAUGAAUGGUGGUAAACAGCAGCACGAUUCAUCUCAUCUUCUACGUCCUCCGUAUAUUUUUAAUAUUGAUCGUUACAUACCUGGUCGUUUGGAUGCUACUGGUUUUAUAAGUGGAAAAGCUGUUGUUCGAAUACAUCAAUCAACGCCUGGGAAUAUUCGUCAUCAUUUGAAUAUUGAAAUUGAUCUGAGUGGACAAUCAUUGACAACAAAAGAUCUUGUCUUCGUCUAUGCCUAUAUAUGCGAUCACAACGAUACUGUUAUUCCCAAUGCAGACGACUUGAUUACAUUUUCUCUUCUCAACGCUCGCAACUAUGCAUUGUUGAUUGGUGACAAUCCAGUAAGAGCUGAAGCUGGUAUCGCGAGUAUUCUUUUGAAAACGACAAAUAAGAGACCAGUCGAUUUCAUAACACUUAUUGCUCGAGCAUCGACUAUCGAACAUCAAGAAACACGACGUAUAUUCUAUGUAUCUUGA